GGCACCAUGUCCAUGCUGCCCACCUUCGGCUUCACGCAGGAGCAAGUGGCGUGCGUGUGCGAGGUGCUGCAGCAGGGCGGCAACAUCGAGCGGCUGGGUCGCUUCCUGUGGUCGCUGCCCGCCUGCGAACACCUCCACAAGAAUGAAAGCGUGCUCAAGGCCAAGGCCGUGGUGGCCUUCCACCGGGGCAACUUCCGCGAGCUCUACAAAAUCCUGGAGAGCCACCAAUUCUCGCCGCACAAUCACGCCAAGCUGCAGCAGCUGUGGCUCAAAGCGCACUACAUCGAGGCGGAGAAACUGCGCGGCCGGCCCCUGGGCGCCGUGGGCAAGUACCGCGUGCGACGCAAGUUCCCGCUGCCGCGCUCCAUCUGGGACGGCGAGGAGACCAGCUACUGCUUCAAGGAGAAGAGCCGCAGCGUGCUGCGCGAGUGGUACGCUCACAACCCCUACCCGUCGCCUCGGGAGAAGCGCGAGCUGGCAGAGGCCACCGGCCUCACCACCACGCAGGUCAGCAACUGGUUCAAAAACCGGCGGCAGCGCGACCGGGCGGCCGAAGCCAAGGAAAGGUACGAGGAGAACAGUGAAAACUCCAACUCCAGCAGCCACAACCCGCUGGCUUCCUCGCUCAACGGCAGCGGCAAGUCGGUGCUAGGCAGCUCUGAAGAUGAGAAGACGCCGUCGGGGACGCCAGACCACUCGUCGUCCAGUCCCGCGUUGCUGCUCAGCCCGCCGCCGCCUCCAGGGCUGCCCUCCCUGCACAGCCUAGGCCACCCUCCCGGCCCCAGCGCAGUACCUGUGCCAGUGCCGGGCGGAGGCGGCCCAGACCCUCUGCAGCACCACCACAGCCUACAGGACUCCAUACUCAACCCUAUGUCUGCCAACCUUGUGGACCUGGGCUCCUAGAGCUCUGCUCCGGGCACUUGCUUUCCGAGCUUGGUGCGAGGACUUGAGGCGGUGCGGGAGGGCCGUGGGUGCUGAAGUCCCUACCCGGGUACUGGAAGACCACAGGAGCACAGCAAGACUGGCGGGCAGGACAAAAUGGACAGUUGUCUGCGCGUGGCCCUUUGGGGGAUUUCUUUUCAACAAGUUGCUUUUGAGAUCCUUUGGAGGCCAGGACUUGGUCUUGAACCAGGCAAGGGAAUAAAUUAUAAACCACCACCACCACCCCGAUUUUUCUCAUCCCUUCUCUCCCUCUUCCUUUCCUCCACGUUCCUUUCGGGUUUCUUAUUUCUCCCCUUUCCGUCUCUGUCUCUUUUCUCUUUCCCCUUCUUGUUUUUCUCCCCCCUUCUUUCUAAAUUUCUGGAGUUAUCGUGGUGAUCUCUCUCUUCUUUCCUCUCUCUCUCUCUCUCUCUCUCUCUCUCUCUCUCUCUCUCUCUCUCUCUCUCUCUCUCUCUCUCUCUCUCUCCUUCCUCCUUCCCCUUUCUCUUCCUCCUUCCACCUCCCUCCCUCCCGUAUGCCUCCUUCCCCCUUCCCCCCAGCUGGUCGUCCUCUUCCUCCUAGGACUGUGACCCCCGCGCUCCCAGCCCACAGUGCCUCCCCAGCCACAAACUUGCCUUUUCCCUUUUAUGCCCUCUUGUGAAUGUUCGUCGGGAGAUAUUUCUGCUUUUAUUUUAUAAUAAAAUUAGAAAUCAUAAAUAUAUGGAUAUAUGCCCCAAGGCCCAGC